UGAAGUCCCCCUGCAAAAGUGAACGCUGUUCUGCGGUAAAGAUGGCGGCUGCAGAGGGGGCGCGUAGUGGCCGGAGGAAGACGGAGCGUCCCUGAAGGAGCAAGAAAACUGGGGCGAGGGAAACGAACGGCUCCGGGAAAUCUGCUGACUGUACCUGGGUUGCUGGGUGAAAGGAUUUCUUAUAUACUUUCGGGGAGGCUGGAAGAAGAGAAUAAGGAACAGGCCGCUCCGUUCCUGUGGGAUGUGAACCGGGAAGGGGGUGGGUUACGUCCCGUGGAAGAGCGCUACCGAGGUCUGGGGAUAUGGGACAACAGGUAGGCCGCGUCGGGGAGGGAUCCUCGACCGGACCCCAGCAGCCGCAGUCUCAACAGCACCAUCUGGUAAGGGCGAGUAGAGGAAGCGGCGUCGGGAGGAGACCACGGGAGACCGCUACCACAGGGACCCCGCCUGGUAGGACUACCGCUGUCAGCACACCGGAUCCGGGAAUCAAUAUUUUCACACAGCAUUCAGAGGCUCUGCACCGCCCAUACGGCCUCGAACCCGACUCCUCGGCUCUGACGGAAGCAGUGCGCUGGAGCUCCAAGGAGAACCUGCUGGGCGCCACGGAGAGCGACCCCAACCUUUUUGUUGCACUUUAUGACUUUGUGGCCAGUGGGGACAAUACCCUGAGCAUCACCAAAGGGGAGAAGCUGCGGGUGCUGGGCUACAACCAGAAUGGCGAGUGGAGCGAGGUGCGCUCCAAGAACGGGCAGGGCUGGGUACCCAGCAACUACAUCACGCCGGUCAACAGCCUGGAGAAGCACUCGUGGUACCACGGCCCCGUGUCGCGCAGCGCCGCCGAGUACCUGCUCAGCAGCCUCAUCAACGGCAGCUUCCUGGUGCGGGAGAGCGAGAGCAGCCCCGGCCAGCUGUCCAUCUCGCUGCGCUACGAGGGCCGCGUCUACCACUACCGCAUCAACACCGCCUCGGACGCCAAGGUGUACGUGACGGCGGAGAGCCGCUUCAGCACGCUGGCAGAGCUGGUGCACCAUCACUCCACGGUGGCGGACGGCCUGGUCACCACCCUGCACUACCCCGCGCCCAAGUGCAACAAGCCCACCGUCUACGGGGUGUCGCCCAUCCACGACAAGUGGGAGAUGGAGCGCACCGACAUCACCAUGAAGCACAAGCUGGGCGGCGGGCAGUACGGCGAGGUGUACGUCGGACUCUGGAAGAAGUACAACCUGACUGUGGCCGUCAAGACACUCAAGGAAGACACAAUGGAAGUAGAGGAGUUUUUGAAAGAGGCUUCAGUCAUGAAAGAAGUCAAACACCCCAAUCUGGUGCAGCUGCUAGGCGUGUGCACUCUAGAGCCGCCGUUCUACAUCGUGACGGAGUACAUGCCUCAUGGGAACCUGCUGGACUACCUGCGGGAUUGUGACCGCGAGGAGGUGAACGCUGUGGUGCUGCUCUACAUGGCCACGCAGAUCUCUUCUGCCAUGGAGUACCUGGAGAAGAAGAACUUCAUCCACAGAGACCUGGCUGCGCGGAACUGCCUGGUGGGGGAGAACCACGUGGUGAAGGUGGCGGAUUUCGGGCUGAGUCGGCUGAUGACCGGGGACACAUACACUGCUCACGCUGGGGCCAAGUUCCCCAUCAAGUGGACUGCGCCCGAGAGCCUAGCUUACAACACCUUCUCCAUCAAAUCUGAUGUGUGGGCCUUUGGCGUGCUGCUCUGGGAGAUCGCCACCUAUGGCAUGUCUCCUUACCCAGGCAUUGACCUGUCCCAGGUGUACGACCUGCUGGAGAAGGGGUACCGCAUGGAGCAGCCCGAGGGUUGUCCGCCGAAAGUGUACGAGCUGAUGAGAGCCUGCUGGCAGUGGAGCCCUUUGGACAGGCCUUCGUUUGCUGAAAUACAUCAGGCUUUUGAGACCAUGUUCCACGAUUCCAGCAUCUCAGAAGAGGUGGCGGAAGAGCUGUGUAAAACGGCAUCGACCACAGCUCUCGCCUUCAACCCCCAGCUGCCCCUCCUGCCGUCCAAGUCUCGGACGCUGAAGAAGCACACGGAGAACAAGGAGAACAUAGAGGCGGGAGUGGAAUCGCGACAGGAGCCCCCUGGGCAGGGCGCCCCCUCAGGCCUGUCUACCAGCCUGUUCACGGGAGACAGUGCAGGAGGUUCCCCCGCCCUGCCACGUAAGCAGAGGGACAAGUCUCCCAGCAGCCUCCUGGAAGACUCCAGGGAGACCACCUUCACUCGGGACCGCAAGGCGGGCUUCUUCAGCUCCUUCAUGAAGAAGAAGCCCUCUCCGCAGCAGAGCCUGCCCACGCCGCCCAAGAGGAGCAGCUCAUUCCGCGAGAUGGAGAAUCAGCCGCACAAAAAGUACGAGCCCACCUCCAGCUUUGGCAGCUUCAACGCUCCUCUGCCGCAGGUGGACGGACUCAACUUCUCACCCUCCCACGGUGGGGAGAGCAACCAUGUGCAGUCCCGGUGCUGUGGGGCCAGCUUCGGCCAAAAGCCCUCUGCCAACCCCAGUGCCGGGGCGGGGGGAGCCGCCGCCACCGCGGCCCCCCCAGGGGGCAGCAGUUGGGCGGGCAUAGCUGGGUUCUUCACCCCCCGGCUGAUCAAAAAGACCUUGGGACUGAGGGCUGGGAAGCCUACAGGAUCAGACGAAGUAGCUGGUCAUACAGCCAAGCCUUUUCCCCGGUCCAACUCUACUUCUUCCAUGUCCUCAGGGCUGCCUGACUUGGAGCGAAUGGCCCUCACGCUACCCAGAAAUGCGCAUCGUUCCAAAGCUCCACUAGAAAGGACAUCGUCCACCACCUCACAGCCUGAGGAAGGCACAGGGCGAUCAUCUGAAGCUCUGCUCCGCAAAAUGGACGAGGGCACUGCCCAGAUCCGCGAUAGACCCAAAGCCAAGCUACUACCCCGUGGGGCUGGCAGCGGGGCCCAGAGGGUGCCAGGCGUUGGGGGCGAAUCGGAUACCGAUUCACACUGCAGGUCCAAAGAGGGGCCCCUUGAGGCGGGUCAGGACAGGCAGGGCUGGUCUUCCCCUUCCAAAGCUGCAGGAACAGCUCCAGCUGCAGCUCACAAUCACAAGGUUCCAGUACUGAUCUCGCCCACACUGAAACACGCUCCGGCCGAUGUGCACCUUAUUGGCAUCGACUCUCAGGGGAACAGGUUUAAGCUCCUCUCGGAGCACCAGGGAGACAGGGACCGGCCCAGGCUGGUGAAACCCAAGUGCGCCCCUCCACCCCCGCCCACUCUGCGCCUCCUGCAGCACCCCUCCACUGCGCUCUACAGUGGGGAUGGCGCUGAGGAGCCGGUGGUGAGUGGCGGCGUGACCGAGGUGAACGGCGAUGGGCUGAAGAAAUCUGGGAAAACCACCGGAGGGAGACCGUCUGUGCCCCCACCGCAAGUGCCUCCAUCCUCGUCGCUGUCGGGUUCUUCCUCCUCCUCCUCCUCCAGUGCCACUCCCACGAAGUUGGUGAACGGGGCCACCAGCAUCCCCACAGGCGCUGGGGGUGGCGCCAAAUUGGCCCUCCGCAGAACGCGGCAGCAGGCAGAGAAGGUGCCUCUGGAGAAGAUCAGCAAGGAGGCCCUGCUGGAGUGCGCGGAGUCUCUGAGCAGCGCCUUGCACGGGAGCCCAGAGCCCUCCUCCAGCAGCCAGGUGCUCGAUGCGGGUCACCAACUCUUGGACUACUGCUCGGGCUACGUGGACUGUAUACCGCAAAUGCGCAACAAGUUUGCCUUCAGGGAGGCAGUGGGAAAACUGGAACUUAGUCUGCAGGAGCUACGGGCAUCCUCGGGCAGCAGUGCCGGAGCUAGCCCGGCCCUGGGCAACCUACAGACCUGCAUAAAGGAGAUCAGCGAUGUGGUGCAGAGGUAGCCACCACAACCCUCCACUGUCCCCUUGUACUUCGGGGACAAAGAUAUCUCAGAGUACCUCACUACAUUGAUCACAUUGUUUACAGUCUUUGAAAGUCAGUGGGAACACUGUUGCUGAUCAUCCCAUGUGUAGGACUGGAAAAGUUCUUUGCCCUUGCAAAUUGACUUGUCAUUUUCCUUGUUGGCCAGGAGUGCUCUGCUAGAGCACCAAUUUGCUUCAGCCCAUCACGAUUGGGUUUAUCUGGGGCCAGAGUGAGAGACUACAGGCAAAGUGGAUAAAAAUGAACGCAAACAUGUAAUCAGAGAAAGGAGACCGAGGUGCUGGCAAAGUGGAUCAUCUUAUGUGACACAUAGUUAAGAACUACAGAACAAAAGUGCUUCCCCGUGACCUUAGAAAUUAAUCAGAGUUUCUGGCAUAGGAUAGCCAAGCCACCUAAGUCAGAUUUGUGAACGCACUUGUCAUUGUUGGGACUUCUCUUUUUUUUUAACUUUUUUUUUUUUAAAGACAGAAAUGACAUCUUCAUUUCCUGGACAGGAAAUCUUCAUUAAAAAAAAUCAAAUUAUACUUCCUGCAACUCCCACAAAAUAUUGUAAUCAUUUGUUAGUGUUUGCACUUGUGAAGACUGAAGGCUCUAGAUUCAUGUCAUGAUUCUUGUGUGGCACUAUUGGUGCAGUUCUUCACGCGUUUGCAUCCAGGCUAAGGUUCUCCCAGGCACACAUUGCACGAGGCUGUCCGGAAGAGUCAUCCGUGCAACAGCAGAACAUUGUAAGGUUUUAAGGCACAGCACCCUUGUUGUUCAGAUGUUACUACACGAGGUACAUGCAGCUGGAAGACAUCAUUUCAGAACCUCCUGAAUGAGGUCGGAGCUCUUUGUAUAGCAAAAUGUCCCUGCAGUACAGCCAAAUUUUCAUUUGGAUUUAAACAAUAUUGUAAAAAAGCAGCAUUACCUUUGUUGCCAUCCUUUUAAUCUUGCCAAGUUUCCCAUUUAAUUUCCCAUCUGUUUUUACAGAUGAAAUUGAACAUUUUAUUUCCAGGUUUUUUUAAGCACCAGUACAACACAUGGUGGAAAAACAGGGUGCUGUUUCUUAAACUGCAGAACACAGCAGUCUCUGUGCGGUAUAACGGUAUUUUUGUUGAUAUCGCAGAAAUGUUAAAUGUUCAGAACAUACAAAACUGUUUUGGUCCAGCUGAUUUGCAUUGUGGAGUUUUGCUAAGGUGACUGAUCUCCGUUAUCUUUAAUCAGCAAACGAUAUGUCAUAGAGCAGGUCUGACCGCAAUGAUUCGACCUGGUGCGAACUGGAAGUGGUUUGUUAUGCUGAAACAUCAAUGGACAAGUGUGUGUAGGCUCUUCCCUGUAAUUCUAGUCCUUUAUUUUUAUUUUUUUUUUAACUAUUGCAGUGGCCUGCUGUGUGAAACAUGAGCAGCCUGAAGUAGAACUAAUGAUGACACCAAGCACAAAAUGGAUGGUGCACAAACACACCUACUUCUGGUGAACUAUGGGGAAUACUUUAGGCAAGCGUGGAGGAAAAGUACUGGUAAAAAACUUUCAGGCAAAAUCCAUUCCCUUUUAUAGUUAGUUUGGGGUGCUGAAUUUAAUACAACAGGGCUUUGCAUAGGAAUGUUCCCCAGUAAACUUACUCUAACCCCAUGCGAUCUGACAUAUUUGUAAGAGCUGAAAAAGAGGAAGCAAAGUGAGUACGAAGCAGGCAAAAAAUGUCAUCCUUUGUCUCUCCUCUGUGAACUUGGCAUAGCUUCCCAAUUUGACUGUCGUUUAGCUCAGCUUAGCUUUUAACGGCUCCUUGUAUGAGUGGUUGGACUGCAUUAAACUUCUAUAAGUCUAAUACAGAGCAACAUCAUAUGCUGACUACUGCACCCUAGUGUUAUAAGGAAAGGACUUAUUUCAAUGGCAAACGCUUCAGUGGUAUUAAGUAAACAACAGUGCUGCUGCUGUGGAUCCUGACCAAAGGGGGACAGGGGUGUCUGCACCUACAUUAAGAAGUGAAUCUUUUGUAACUGUUUUGAACUGGAAAAGGAACUGAUAAGGGGGAAAAAAGAUCAUACUUCAUCUUGUGACCUUUUUUUCCUUUUCACAUUUAAUUACUGUAUUCUUUUGUUUCUUAACAAAAACAUAUCUGUCGAUAGAAUGUUCUACUUUUGUUUUGAUGUAUAGAAAAGUCGAUAGUGACUUAAUCUCAAACAUAUUACAGAUUCACUCCUAAUAUGUAGUCGGUUUAAUGAUUUAAUGCGGACUUCUUAUUUAGUGAACAAAAUCCAGACCAAGUUUAUACAAUUAAAUACAAGUAAAUAAGAAAGUGUGUUGGCAGACUGCAGACUUUCAGAAAAAGUGUGCUUCAGAAACUGGCCUUUUUCAUUGUUUCAGAUCAAAUCUCAAUAACAGUUAGAUAAAUGUUCUCACUAUUUCCUAUUUCCGUGUUAGAAUUACUUAUAUGUGGCACAUUUGUCCCAGUCUUUCAGGGACACUUUUUUAUUUAAUAUCUGUUAAUAAGAUUUUGUCCAGUUCAUAGUUCAAAGAUUUAUUAGGCUAUAAAAGACCAGAUUCGGUUGAUUUUAACCCAGUAUGGGAAACUCAUAAUUUGUCUAGAAAUCAGACACCAUUGAUCCAGGGUGAUCACAAGACUGACGUUUCCCAUCUCUGUCAUUUUCUAUUUGCUUUGAAGACGACAGAUGCUUUUCAGUCAAAUGUGUUGUCUUUCCAUUUUUAUUUGCCAGUAACUGGUGUGACCUAUCAUAAAACAGUCAAAACAGACAUCAUCUUAUCUGUAGUUUAUUGAAAAAUAUUUUAAUUUUUAUUUUAAUUUGCUUGUUGACGGUAAAAACCCAUUUCUCAAAUCGAACUUGAUUACUUUCUUUAACAAAAGCAAACUGACUUUUCUGCCUGAAGUCAAAUUAAGAUGGAAAGUAGAGGUGAAAAUCUUUUUUUUUUCUGAGAAAUUAAUGCUUUGGUAUGAUCUUUCUGUGGGAGUUGUUUUGCUUUACAUUUGUAUCUUUAAAUGCCUUUGCCGAUAGCUGAUAUAGAGUGGAAAUCCCCCCACUUUCCUCACCUUAACCUCGAAUCAGUCCUAAAGCAUUUUAUUCUCGCGCACAUUAUUGUACUUGAAGACAGCUGCCUGUUAAAGGAAAAGAAAAACAUGAGCCCUGCAAGUACUGGAACAAAAUCAUCCAUUCUACUUAAGCCCUCCAUUUUUUUUAUUUUUAUAUGAAUUCUUCCCAUUAAUACAUUGAAAAUGUAUUUCCAAAAGCACCAUACGAUCACACUGUUCGACUUCAUUGUGACUUGCACUGUAGUCUUUUCGGGGUUCCAUCAAUAGUUGAUGGAGUAGGGGGAAAGGACAAAGGGUCGGGCUUCCAUCCCAUAUUUGGGGGGCACCCAUGGCGAUUACAGUUUUUUGGUGACCAAAAUCAACCUCAGCUGCAAACCUCUGUUGUUCCUCCAGGCCAUUAUGGGUUUCACUGUAAGACCUCAAGAAACAAAGGCCAUUGAGUGACUCUAAACUUGCCUUUGCCCAGUGAUUUGUGGUGCCUUUUGUAAAAGACAUUUAUUGCAUUGUGCACUACUGUGUUGGAUAAAACUGUAGCCAGGUUUUGUACAAACCAGUUUGAUCUUUUUGUUUUCCAGCAGUUCCUAGUUUCAUAAUGAAACAGAUUGUCCAGUGACUGUGUUCUGCACAUAUUCAGUCACCUGUCAGAUAUUUUGUUCUUUGAUUGUUUGUCUUAAGUGUUGCAGACGUCUACCUGAGUGUAUAUGUAGCCCAACCUUGCUGUUGAAAACCAUUAGAGUCAAGUGACUUGAAAUCAAAUCAUUCAGAUCAUCUGUCUGGUGGGAUAACUGAUGUGCAAACAGAAUACUUUAUUAUACUUUUAACAGUUUGUUUGUACAGACAACACACUUUUAAAACAACUUUGCACUCAAUGAAAUAUUUCUGUAUGUAUUUUUGACAUUUCUGCACCCCUGAUGUAGAAAAUUGCUCUUAGGAAUGGUUGUCUAAAAGUGAGAUUAGCAAAGAAUGUUAGAGCUUUCACACAUGGCCUUCGACUCCUUCUUUUUUAGAAAAAGAAAAAUGUGGCUUCCAAUCCAAUUUCAGAAGGGAAACACGCACAGAGAUCAGUUUUCAAAGAGCAUGUCAUAAUCUUACAAGUCAAUUUUUGUUUGAUUAAUUACCGGUUUUCUUUCAAUAAUCAGUCCGCAAAAUCAAAUCCGCAUUUGAGGGAGGCCAGAAAACAAACGGAAAACAGAAGACUUUCCCUUGUUUGGUCGGUUUCACUUAUUCAGCCUCUUGAUCAGAAUGCUUGUUCCAAGCAAAAUCAAUUGGAUCGCAAAUUGAGGUUUCUGUAGGGUGUAGUUGAAAAUGGAAGUUUCAUUUUCUCUGUGUUUUCGGAAUUCCAUCAUUUUUAUCAAUAUUUCUGAAUUUUGCAUGGCUUAGUUUUCCCUCAGUAUCAAUCUCCCUGGUAAUUUAAACAAAUAGUGCCAUUUUGAAAAUCUAAAUCUAAAUAAAAGUGCUAUAGGCAUGUACCAACCAUGAGCAUAUUAUCCAUGCAAACAGGUUUCCUAAGAUCUUCACAUUUUAUGGAUUUAUUUAUUUUUUCCUGUAUGUAAUAUGAAAUUGCAUCAUGUGCAACUCUUCCUGUCUUGUAUGUUGUUUUAAACAGUGCUGAAGAAACACUACAUAAGCAUUUUAUACCAAAGGCCACUUUUUUCUUCAGUUCUACUAGUGCAAUGAAAACUAAACACUUCUUAAUUGUAAAUAUGUGAAUUUUAACAGGGAUUUAAAUGAAUGGCAGAUGUUAACAAAAUUAACACUAUCAGUAUUUUUUGUUUUUUUUAUUGUAAAAUAUAUAUUUUUUGUGUUUCUAAUUUAAAUCUCACAUUUGAAUAUUGUAUUACUGUGAAGUUCUCUUUAUCAGUGUUAAACUUGAUGUAAAUAAAAAAUACCAGGGUCCUCUAUGUUACUGGCCAGAUUUGCCAACUUGCAUUUUUUUGUUUUGUUUUAAAUAAAAUAAAAACUGAAAAUCA